GUGUACAUAGUGUGUAUUUGCUCCCAGGCUGAUCUUCCCCGGUGUGAAGCUGACGUCAGAUAAACAGUUCGACGGCUUCCUGGACGGAUUAGGCCCCGCCCAGCUGGCUGGCCGCCAGACCCUGGCCACGCCCCCUAUGGGUGAUAUCCAGAUCGGGAUGGUGUACAGGAAGGAGCGUCUGGAUGUGGAGGUGAUCCGAGCCCGCGGGCUUGUGGGUAAACAAGGAAACAAGAACACUCCAGCUCCCUAUGUAAAGGUGUACCUGAUGGAUAACGGGAAGUGUGUGUUGAAGAGAAGAACUCGUCUGGCGAGAAAAACCCCAGACCCGCUUUACCAACAACAGCUGCAGUUUGAAGAACACCCCGAAGGAAAAGUAGUGCAGGUAAUGUAUGCUUGAU